AUGGUCACUGGCAAACACGCAUCGUUGAUUUAUAAUCUCGACGAAGUUGGUUUCGACCUCUUUGUCGAUGGAAAGAAGAAGGCAGUAUGUGUUGACACGUUGAGUGGUGAAGCGGUUUAUACUACACUGGGAGAACGUGGAGAUAGAAUCACCCUUCUAGGGUGCAUUUGCGCCGAUGGGAAACCCACAAAACCAAUGGUGAUCACUUUUAGACUUCAACUUGAUGGAAACGUGCUUAUCAACAUCAAUUCUUCCGCGGUUGUUGUGACUCAAAAGGUUGGAUUCAUCAAUUCUGAAUUUUUCUUUGAAUGGGUGGAAAAAAUCCUCGUGCCUGAUGUGAAAAGGAAAAGAAAGGAGUUAAAACUAAAACGAGAGAAAGCUAUCUUAAUAAUGGACGGCUUUAAAACCCAUUCAACCGUAAGAGUGCUUGAUUUGUUAAAAAGGAAUCGAAUUGAUGUUCUCUUUUUGGUUCCACACUCUUCACAUAUCUGUCAGCAUUGUGACCUCUGUUUAUUCUCUUCUUUGAAAGCGCACCUUGCUAAAGAUGAACUGAUCGACAUCGAGAUGGGGCUUCUUGGAACGAGCGAGUCUUUCUUCAUUUCUUCAGACCUGUUUAGCGACCUCGUGAAUAAGAGGCAGAAUAUGAGGCUUUUUGCGAUGUCUAAAAUCGAGAGGCGAAUUGUGUGCAUUGUCGACUCCUUCUUCGCAAAGGCGCGCCCGGAAAUCAUAAAAAGUUUUUUCGAACAAGCGGGCAUUGUAUUAACAAGAAAGGAGCACAAAGAAGGUUCAUCUAUUUGUGGAUUCCAAUCAGACUCGUUGGUACCGAUCGCUAAAUGCGACUUCACACAUGCAAGAAGAUUGAAGAAGUUUUUGGGAAACGACAUCUUUGUAGAAGAAUUUGCAGAGAAGGUUGGUUCGAUUGAAAGAAUUUCUUUGGAGACAAAAGACCAACGAAAGAAACGAUUGUCCAAGAAGGACAAAGAUGAGUAA